AUUCAAUUCCAUCGUUAACGUCAAACUUCCUCGCGUUGCGAUCUAUUUGUGGGUUCAAUUUUCCCAUACUUUCUUCCCAUUCCUUUGCAUUAUUAUUAUUAUUAUUAUUAUUCGAUCACAAUCUCUCCUCCUCCUCAUAGCAUCUCCGCUUGAAUAUUCUUUCAAUUACAUCCGUAGCAAUUUACAUACGCACACAUAUCUCAAGAAUCCCUUUCUGGGUCUUCUUCUCUACUCAUCUUUCUCUAUUUCAGAGGAUGGGUAAGGAGGAGGAUCAACAAGUUAGCAAGGAUUCAAAGGGGGUUUCUGAGGUGAAUGAGAAUCAACAAUCGAAGGAAGGGAAAGGGAAGAGAUUGUGGAACAAAGUGAAGUACCAGCUUGUUGAAUACCACUCAUUGCCUGGGUAUUUGAGGGACAAUGAGUUCAUUGUCGGCCAUUAUCGAUCGGAAUGGCCAAUGAAGCAUGUUUUGAUGAGCAUCUUCACUAUUCAUAAUGAGACAGUCAAUGUCUGGACGCAUUUGAUAGGCUUUUUCCUUUUUCUUGCCUUGACAAUAUACACAGCAAUGAAGAUUCCAAGGGUUGUGGAUCUCUACACUCAACAACAUUUCCCUGAUGUGCUGAGAAAUGCUGAUUUAUACAAGCUGCGUGCAGAACUUUUGGCUUGCCUUCCUUCCUUAUCCAACAUGCCUGAUUUGCAAAGAGUUCGUGAGGAGCUAACAAAUUCAUUGUCUGCAGUGGAUUUACUACCAUCACUGUCGACUUGGCAUAUUGUAGAACUCCUCACUAACUGUUUGCCUGAGCGAUUCUCUCAUGGCAACCACACUGAUGUUUGCGUUCUGCGUAGCGUGAAGGAUGACAUUCUGAACAUGAUUGCACCCUUGAUGUUGAGGCCAAUCACAAGGUGGCCAUUCUUUGCCUUCUUAGGUGGGGCCAUGUUUUGCUUGCUCUCUAGCUGCGCGUGCCACCUACUUGCAUGCCAUUCCGAGCGAUUAUCAUACAUCUUGCUUAGGCUCGACUAUGUUGGAAUCGCAGCUCUCAUUUCAACCUCCUUCUAUCCUCCAGUAUACUAUUCAUUCAUGUGCAGCCCCUUCUUCUACAAUCUCUACUUGGGAUUCAUAACCCUUUUGGGAAUCUCCACAAUCUUGGUUUCUCUCCUUCCUGUCUUCCAAAAACCCAAACACCGUAAUACACGCACGUUCAUAUUUGUGGGGAUGGGCUUAUCGGGAGUCGCUCCAAUUAUGCACAAGCUUAUAUUGUUUCAAAACCGGCCCGAGGCACUUCACACGACUGGGUAUGAGAUCUUGAUGGGUGUGUUUUACUGCAUGGGGGCUUUUUUUUACACAACAAGGAUUCCGGAGCGGUGGAUGCCGGGGAAGUUUGACAUCGCGGGGCACAGCCACCAGCUUUUUCAUGUAUUGGUAGUGGCGGGGGCUUACACACAUUACCGUGCAGGGCUAGUUUACCUCAGGUGGCGGGACAUGGAAGGGUGUUGAAAAGGGUUUAUUGGAUGGUAGAUGAACCGUGGGUGUGUAUCCAUAUAGGUGAUUAGCCGUGUAUAUUGUUACAGUCUCAGCUUCUUCAUAAGGAAAGGUCAGAAUUGUGGCGACCUUUGUAGUAGUUUUUUUUGAAUUUUAGAUUGGCGACCUUUGUAGUAGUUUAAUUGUUGAAGACUUUAAUCAUUUUACUUUAUUUUUUUAAUACCUAUUUUUCUAUGUAUGAAAUGAUAACUGUAAUUGAACUGUUGUUCGAACUUUGUUUCUUGUUUUGCUAGCUGAUGUUAAAAUCAAGCAAAGUGUUUUGCUUGUUUUAUUUCA